CGGUAUAUAUUUUGAGUUACUCAAAGAAAAAGGCGGAAUUCAGAUUUUUCUUAAAACAAAUUUGUUGCAUUUUUUAUAUGGUGAAUAGUAUAAAGUCGGAUCUUCACUGAAGCUGCAACGAGCAGCUUUUUGUUACUGACCUAUAUUUUUUGAAACAGUCGCCAGUAUGGAUAAAAUGUUUUUAUAAGUUGCUAUUUGUUAAAAUGUUUUGGAAUAUGCAGCAACAAGAGGCGACAAAAAGCUCAUCCUUGUUGCUUCAGUGGAAAUCAGGCUUAAGUUACUUACAGUGACGGAUAAAAGAAAGUUUAUAAAAUAAGAAAUAUAAGACACCAUAAUUUUACAAAAUGAAUUCAUAGUUAAUAAAAGCAACGGAUAAAUAUAAUAUAUCACAAAAUAGGUGAUUGUUAUCAACGUAUUAAAUGUUCAGUGCAAAAGCUUUUUUUAUCCGUCACUGUAUCUAUAAUGAUUUAUUCGUUACUUGGUCGCUUAUACAUUAUCGCAUCGGAUUGUAAAUACAUUGUCGCAUCGCAUGCUCGAAAUCACUCGAACGAUAAAUUAAACUGUCUGAUUGUUUUAAGAAUCCUACAUGGUAAAUAAACAGUUGACAAUUUAUCGAUUUAUAACCGGUUUUUUCAACGAAUCUUCACUCGACUAAUAAAUCGAACUUACAAUUUUAGAAGCGCUUCAAGCGCCACCUAACGCGAUAAAUAAAAUUCGGAAAGCAUCCAUAAAGCGGUCUAUUUAAAUUUCCCAUCAAAAUGUACACUGAAAAGAAAGAAAUGCAAAAAAUUUGGAAAUCAGAAAGAUUCGAUGUACCUUUGCGACUACCCUUGAACUUGCUCGGGUAAUCGAUAAUAUAAACUUGUUUCUAAAAUAAACGACACGAGUAGCGGUCUUACAAUUAACGACUGACACCGAAAUCGUUCGUACACGAGCUUUUUCUAUUCGCCGUAUGUAAACACGAACGUGCGACCCACGUUCCAUAUGUGCGUGUGUGUACGCAGCAAACAAAUCGAUGAAGUUCAGCCAUGUGUUGUGUAACGAGACGCCCUCUUUCAAAGUACUGCUUACCAAUUGCCGCGAUAAGCCAAAUGUCGUGUGCUGCUGCUACGAACGACCAGUGCUUUUGUGUCGUCUCGAAGAAAAAGAAACUACACCAUGUUGUAACAAAGUAUACAUAUGUCGAUUUUGUCACGACAAGGAGGAGACCCACGUGGUAAACAGAAAAGAAGUCACGGAACUUAUAUGUGUUCUAUGUGACACUCGUCAGCCUGUACAAGCCACUUGCAAAAAUUGUCACUGUCGCUUCGGCAAAUAUACGUGUCUCGAGUGCAAUUUGUUCGAUGACGAAGACAAGAAUCAGUAUCACUGUGACGGUUGCGGGAUAUGUAGGGUCGGCGGUCGGGACCGAUUUUUCCACUGUGCCAAGUGCAACAUGUGUUUACCGGUUCAGUUACAGAACGGGCACACGUGUGUAGAAAAUGUUUCUCAUGCAAAUUGUCCAGUCUGCUUGGAAGAUAUUCACACAAGUCGUAUACCUUGUCACAUUCCAAAUUGUGGUCAUUUGCUUCAUCGUACGUGUUUUGAGGAGUUGUUACACUCAGGACAUUAUGCAUGUCCAACUUGCCAAGUGUCUCUUCUAGAUAUGACUGAUCUAUGGAAAUUUUUGGAUAUGGAAGUAUCAUCAACACCAAUGCCAGAAGAGUACAAGGAUUACAAGGUUGAUAUUCUGUGCAAAGACUGUCACGAGGAAUCAACAGUAAAAUUCCAUAUUGUAGGUUUGAAAUGUUUGAAUUGUGGAAGUUAUAACACUUGCAGAGUCAAAGGAUCCCCUUCUCCAGAUCCAGAUACAUUGGACUAAAUAAUGUCAAUGACGUUGGCGAUGAAGAGAAUUUACAACGCUAGAACUUUUAGUAUUAAAACGAGAAAAAGAUGCGAAACGUUCCCGAGAAAGUGUCGCUUUUAAGCGUUUCUAACAGAAAGACAUUAGGAAAUGGCCUCUUUGGCAUUAUACCUCUACUUGUUUUUAGUGAAUUUAUACAUCUUUGUUGAUUGUUUUCAGACUUUUUAUAGACGUUAUUUUAUUAGGAGGCUGAAUGUAUGAUAUGUAUAAUGAUCAAUGCUUAUAUCUAUAAUCAUGGAAGACCGAAAAUUAUGGAAUAAUCGCAGUUUGAAUCGUAAAUUCAAAUCGUUUAAAAGGAAUAGUAAAUUCUUUUUUCGCAAAGAUACAAUUUUUUCGUAACCAUAGCGAUCCUAAAUGAAGCAGUAUGACACAUUCUCGGCAGUUUUUAUUUUGUUACUAAUUGGUGGCGCGGUAUGCACAGUGUCACCCAUUUCCUAAAAUUCUUCUCGCGCUGUUUUCAAAUAGAUCUUUAUAAACAUUUCAUGAUGUGUGACUUUCUUUCGAUGCAAUCUUUUCGUAAAUGCUAAAAUCAAUCAACAUAUACCGGUAGUACUAGUCAAAGAAAGAAAAAAAAUCCCCCUCUCUUUUAGCUAUUGUUAUAAUCGACAGCUAAGAGUUCCUCUAUAUUAUCUAUUACACAUAGUUCCCUGAUGUUAUAUUACGCAGCUAUAUGUAGAGAUAGAAAUCGAUGAGAUUAUUAUUAAUAAGACACAUUUUAUUCCUUAAUGAAUUAUCGUACGCGCAAUUUUCGAAAAGAUCGCCAUCUAGUCAAAGAUUACUUGAGUCACUUCUUGAUACGAUCGUCCUACAUGUAAAAUAAAAAAGAAUGCGCGGGAGAAUCUCAGAUAGUUGGGUGACGUAAGCUAAUAUCUGACACGAUAAUUCUUUGAAACUUCACGAAAUAAUAUUCGUAUCGUAAGCCUUUCGAAACUGUGAGAUUUGAUCUGUGUAAUUUCAGGCUUCGACAUUCAUCUAUCGAAUUUUAUCGGGCAUUACCAUCAUGUUAUUGUGAACUAAAAACAACUCGUGGAUAUAUACUUCGUAAUGUUGUACGUAUGCUUAGGCAUCUUUUAGUGCACGCGUUUGCAGCUGCGCAUUUUUUUGGUAACGGAAACAUUUUAAUCUUAAUUUAAUUCGAUACACUAUAUUACAGAUUUGUCAACUUUAUGAAUAAUUGACAUUUAGCAUAAUUUAUACGUAAUAGUGGAAGUAGAUAUUAUAUAUUUAUCGUAGUAAAGAAGAUUAACGCUUUUGAUUAAUUUUCUUCCAAGAAAACAUGCAUAAAAUUGACUAUAAAUUUUAAACAGAACUAACACGUCUAACUGGUUCUGUACAAUUAGUUGAUGAUUCACAUUGCUUGCUAAAACAAUAUUUACGUACAAAAGCAAUCGACGGUAUUAAUUUUUAUUCAUUCCAACUGCUACUGAGAAAAAUAUAUCCAAUAAAUAAACUGGAGACAGUAUUUUCCUUUGAAAUUAAAUAAUUAGUUAAAUAUUUAACCCUUUGCGGGCGGGGCCGCUCGACAAGCGAGCAUCGCGGUGGACGAGAGGUAUUGGCGCGCAGUUGAGAAAAUAUACACGUUGAACGUUUGCGUUAUUCAUUGUCGAGGCUUGUAUUAUUUUCAUCAAUAUUUAGUUCAUCAUCAUUGUCACUAUUACUAGAAAUAUUGAAACGUCUGAGCCGAUUCCUUGUUAAACGGAGUUCGUUUCCACUGCCUGAAGCACCAUCGCCGUCUUCUAUCUUGUCAGAUUCAAAAUAAUGCUCGUCAUCACUAUUAUCACUAUCGAACAUGUUCUUUCUGGAUAUUUUAGGCAUCGUGCAUAAGGUAUUAUAAAAAAUAUAUAAAACAUAAAAAGCUUGCUGAUUCGUCUGGUAAUGCCAAUGAAAGACUGAAAUUCGUUUUGACUCGACUAUUAUCCUAUAUCGCGAGUUUACGUUAAACUGAAGAUAAAAUUUCUAAAGAUCUAUAAUUUUCUUUCAUCAAAAACAUAAUACUGUUUAGUUUACUACACCCAUAUGUAAAUACGCAUUAGAUUAUCGCUCAGAAAAGUAGACGUACGCCAGCCACUUCAAAGUAAGUGUCCGGAACUGUGAAUAGAUUUGGGCGGCUAUUUGCCAACACACGUCCGCAAAGGGUUAAUAAGAAAAUAAGCAUACUUUAUUCAUUUUUAGUAUUAAAAAGAUCAUAAAAUUAGAUCAUGAAGAAUGUGCAAUUGAUAAUGAAGGUCGUACUAUAAAGAAAGGAGGUAAUUUCGUAUUUAAUAUUGUAUUGUAGUUUAUUAAUUUGUCUUCGAGGUUCUAUAAGGAACCCUAAAUUGUGUAUGGCGUUGGAACGUGUAGAGAAAACGCGUGUAUCGAAGGAGCCUUAGAGUUACGUUCGACGCUCACUGCAUCACUAAUGAACAUUAUGGUCAUAUCGUCUCUAGUUUGAAUGUACUGUUGGAUAACCUUGUACCGUUUGAGUUUAUAUACUAUGUAAUUCUACUCCCAAUAUGAGAUAAAGCGCGUGUCUUUGUGCAGCAAAGUCUGAGAAGACACCUUUAGGGUAACAUACCAUGUUUGAAGCUCAAAUGAAAAGAAAAUUGAGUUGGCUAGGCACACUCGAUAUAACUCACCUUGAUUGUGAGACUUUUGUCGAACUUCUUCUGAUUGUUUGUCGAUGUGUACGGGCUGAUCAUUGUCUAAGCACUUGUGUCUUCUUUUGUCCAUUCCAUGGCAUUCCAAGUUUUCAUAAGAGUAGCACACCGAUGUACGCCGAAAAUUGAAUUAUUGUUGCUACCAUUAUCAUAUUGACAACGUAGCACGGUAAAACGAAAUCGUGACAUACCUCUCUCAAUUUGUAAGGCUUUCAGACAACAUGUGUCGUGCUGGUUAAAAACAGGAAAAUAGUACCAACCGUUUAUUUUUUGGUGUGAUUAUCAUCACGUCUUUAUUAUUCAGUUGUAAAUUAAAUAUCAGUUACAAAGGCUCUUUGUACAUAACGGCCGCAAUAAUGCUUUUGUUUUAUAUUAUAUAAUAUAUACUAUUGUAUCAAA